CCCUGAAUAUGACGACGUUUUACGCUCUUUGCGUGCAGCAAUGUGACGUAGGGGAAAAUGUUUCUGCCGAUGCUCGCAAGGACAGGAGGAGAUCAACCUGACUGCAGCUGGUAGAUAUGGUGUAGUGAUGUAAUGUUGCCCAUUUGGUGACUACAGAUGGCUGUUUGUGCCAGACUCUGCGGAGUGGGUCAGUCCCGGAGGUGCCGAAGGCGACAGCGGAAUAACCAGCAGGAUCAGGGUAGCGAUUCCGAGAUGGACGAGGAAGAAGAGGAGCGGAUCGUGGGCCAGAAGCAAGGCGACGUCCCCGGCGGAGGCCCGGAAAGCGGCGUCGCCACUGCAGGGCCGAGUGACGCUUGUGAAUAUGGCCGCGGUCAUGUCAACAGAGGAGGCUUUCUGGAUCGCACAAGCUCGGGACCUCCACAUCCGCAGUCAUUAACGGAAUUACCACCGGAGCUAUUAGUGGAAAUAUUCUCCUUGCUUCCCGGAACAGCACUACCAGCUGUUGCCCUUAUCUGCAAGAAAUUCAGACAAAUCCUCAAUACGGAAACCAUCUGGAGAAGGCGGUGCGUGGAAGAGUUUGGUAUGAACGAGGAUCUAAGGAAGAUGGAAGCGGGCGGAGUAUCUAGCCGGGAUCUCUAUGUUAAACGUGUCAACCCACGGGUGAAAUCUGGGCGCUUUAUGAAGCUCCUCCCGGACUACGAGCACAUGGACUAUAGAGACGUGUACACACACUUGCUUCAUCCAUACAGAUAUAUCUUGGGUUUAUGGCAGCCUGACAUUGGCCCUUAUGGUGGAUUGCUCAACGUUGUGGUGGAUGGGCUAUUCAUCAUUGGUUGGAUGUAUCUUCCACCUCAUGACCCCCGUGUGGAGGAUCCUAUGAGGAGACGACCACUCUUCCGUAUCCACAUGUGGGAGAGCAAAAAGGCCACUGUGGAGUGUAUGUACGGCCACAAAGGUCCCCACAAAGGAGACAUACAGACUGUGAAGAUGGAUGAAUUUUCAACAAAAUGUAACCAGACUGAUCACCACCGCAUGCCAGGAGGCAGGCAGGAGGAGUUCAGGACAUGGUUGGAAGAAGAAUGGGGCCGGACGCUGGAGGAAAUCUUCCAUGAACACAUGCAGGAACUGAUCCUGAUGAAGUUCAUUUAUACUAGUCAAUAUGAUAACUGCUUGACAUACCGGAGGAUCUACCUGCCUCCUGCUAUGCCCUCGGACCUGUUGCAGCCAGGCCUCUUCAAAGGCACUUAUGGCAGUCAUGGUUUGGAGAUUGUCAUGCUCAGUUUCCACGGGACUUCUGCAAGAGCCACCAAGCUCACAGGAGACCCUAACGUUCCUGCAGGGCAGCUCACUUUGGAUAUUGACCUGAGCCAGCCUGUAGUCCUCCCAGACUUGGAGCAUCAGCACAACAUAGAGGAGCUGUCACGGUUGGUUCUGGGGGUACAUGAGGAAGUGCAGAGAGAAGUGGAACAACAGGCCAAGGGCCCUUCUGCUCCAGUCAUCGGUGCAGCAGAGGGGGCCUGUGGUGGUGCCAGCGGAGCAGAAGGGAUCGCAGAAGACCAGCCUGGUCCCGGCAGCAGCACCACUCCUCCUGAAGCCCAACCCUUUGUCCUGCCCCUGGGGGUUAUGGCUCGCAAUGAGGUGUACCCUCGCACCUGCAGGAAAUGCUUCUAUGGGACAGGCCUGAUAGCUGGACAUGGCUUUACCAGCCCAGAGCGCACCCCAGGGCUCUUUGUGCUGUUUGACGAGGACCAUUUUGGUUUCAUCUGGCUGGAGUUGAAGUCUUUCAGUCUGUACAGUCGGCUGACGGACCAUCUAGCCCACGCUCACGCCCCAAACAUGGAGCGAUUUGAGGCCAUGCUGCACAACAUGCAGUCCUGGACAUCCUGAUGCACCAAGCUUUAAGUCCUCACCCACUCUACAAUGCAUAACACCAACCACUGCACACAAAUCACCUCUGCUGAUAAUGUGAUUAUCAUGUUACUUCAUGACCUUAAGUCUCCAGGUUCUAUCUAUACUUGUUUUGGUUUUACUGUCUAAUUAAGCUACUGCUAUCACCCUGACCAAGCAGAUUCAUGCUUUUGUAUCAUCACCUUAAUCCUCCAGUGCAGCAUGAUAACAGGUCACAGUUUUUAUUUAUUUAUUUAUUUGUUCCCUGAAGGAGAUACGGAAUGAUAUACGUGCCUCUGAUUCUAAAACCACGUCUGUACUUGGUUGUGCUUGAAGAAGAUAAAGGUGUCCAGUGUAUUCUACUAUAUAGUAUUAUACUGAUUUCAAUGCCCAUCAUAUUGAAUUGCAUGCUGCAUUUCAUUUAGAACUACUCAUGUUAGUCAUAACCACUGCCUGAACAUAUUGUACUCUCAUGAAGCAGCAUGCCUUGCUUUUUAUGUUUUGUUUUGUUUUGUUUUUUGUUUUUUGCUUUAGAGACAUCAGAAAUUUAAAAAGACAGCAUCUCAGGUGUUUUCCUCUUUGCCACAAGUCUGUGAAAACCAGGACAAAAGUAUUUAUGUGUAUAACACAUGUGUGAAGUUAGAGACAUUUUAUUAAUUUGUCCAAUAAAAAUACCAAGUGAGUUUUACAAGCGAGUUAUUUUUUAACCAUUGACAAAUAAGGACUUGCUGUCUUUUCAAACAUUGUAGCCAGUUAUGGGCAAACCUUUGCCCUUUGAGCUCAUGGUCCUACAUUAAACAUCCUUUUUAUGUCAUCACACCUACAUUAACUACAUUAAUGUAUGAUGGAUAGAUGUAUGGUAUUUGCAAUAGAAUAACAAACUAUACAUAAGCUGGAUUUAAUCAAAGUAUCACAAUUAUACAGUUUAUGUGCUUAUAAAAUUAUAGUCUGAAAUGAAAACUUGUCUUACCUUCGAAAUGUGUUGCAUUUCUUGUUUGUUUAAAUGGCCGACACAACAUUUGCCUGGCUUCAUACCGACAAAGCUGUUGCCUCCAGUUUUCCCAUUUAAUUCAAACCCGAGACCAGGCUAGUUGAACAUCGUACAAGCUAACAGCUCAAAGUACCAAGUAAGUGUCUGUAUGUCUAAUUCCGGCCUGAUGGUGAUGCCCAGUAGCUUUCUUACUCCAAGUGCACUUUUCUGGGUAGUAUAGUGAAUCAGUCAAAACCACUGGCCAGCACUUUAUCAGACUGCAGCUUUACUAACAUUAGCAAAAGAAAUGUCUGCUAAAGCAUCAUUUGGGUUGUCACAUCUUAUUAAUUUCCUCUUACUGCUAGAAUAUUGGGUUUAUACAUUCUCCUAUGUGUAUGCCCUCAUUACCCAGCAAUUUGAAUGAUUUGCCUUUGAAAAGUCUUGCUUUAUACUAUUUUCAAUGCCAUAUGCCUGAUUUUGUGAAAAACUAAGUGUGACCUAUUGAACUGCUCACAUCGGACUU